GCGUGGCAUCAUGGGAAACGGAUUGCAAUUCUGCAACAUGGCGAAGAUCUAAGCCGAAGUCGCGGUACUGAAUCUUGUUAAAAUGUAUACUUCCUAGUGACCCACGGAUAUUUUUCACUAUUUAUACCUUAUUAACCAGAUAAUAGGUGUGUUUAGUAGUUAUAAAAGGUAUUUAGAGUGUCGAAUAAUGUGUAUAACAGCUUGUAACCGACUAAGGAAGGUGACACCCAACAGCUCGGUGUGGUGCAUAAGCACGUAUGCCAGUUACUAGAAAGCAAGAUAAGAGAGGUGAAGAUAGUCCGGGUGCUCGGAAUAAUUGGCUAUUUUCCAUCGCUCAGGACCUACCUAAGCUAUGUUGCGGGCAUCGCCUAGACAAAUUAAUAGUAUAUGCAUCGUAUAAAAAUAAUAUUGGUGAUCUCAUAACGCUCACCGAUACCAUAACGACGCGUGGCAUGAAUUUUUAACAGCUUGCCUCGCAACGAACAAAUGGUUUCCUGACAUGAUGGACAGCAAGUUGUACGUAAAGAAUGAGCCGGGACUUGAGGGGCAAUCACUUGUAAACUCCCAGCAAAAUCAAUUGGGCGUGGAUGACAGUGGUGGAGGUUUAAGAGUAUGUUUUGUCUGCGGCUCGCUCGGUCACAGCGAUUUCUGGUUACGAGUAAAACCGGUGCCUGGAGGAGCGUCCAACGAACCAUUUUUUCCCUUCCUGGAGACACAUGAGCAACCAGCGGCUUAUCGCGGUGAGGGAGCACGAUCAGGUGUCGUCAGGUCCUGCAGUUUGUGCUACACGCUGUUGAUGCAGCAAUGGGAAAACUACGAGAGACAGAGCCAGCCCCACAGCCAGCGAAUCUACUGGAUGAAAAGGUGCGACGGUGGACCGUUCACCGGGGCAGAGAUGGCUCUGCAGGGUGAAUAUGCGGCCCAAAUUCUGGGGCUGUCCAACGACCAGCCGCUUCCAGGCAGACAGGAAACCGGCAGCCGUCCAGUAGGUAUAUCUCCGCGUUUGCCUCAAAAUUCACCCUCGCCAAGAGUUGUUGAGCAAACGAGGCCGCCUUCGAACUCGAUAGAGCUGCCACGACCACACUCAAACACCGCCGAAACUGCCAGGCAUAUUGAACAAGUUAGACUAACUAUGGAGUCACCGCAUCAACGGCUCCAGUCACCGCACCAGCGGUUACAGAGUCCACGUCAACCGGUUGUUGAGCCAGAAUCACGUGUUGUUUCAAAUGAAGCUGCAUUAGACCUCAGACACGCUCCGAGAAGUUCACCCGCGCCUCAACCCUCCAUGCCUCCAUCCCAACCUCAAGUAAUUUACAGCGGAGGUUCAACGUCGAGUACCGGCACAGAUAUCCUGGACCUGUCGAUGCCAGACAAAAAUUCAAUGACUGAAGUAUGUUAUGUCUGCGGUGAUGAGUUCAAAAAAGGGUCUCUUAGUCACAUAGCAGCGAAGCCACUGCCAACGCCGCCACCACCGCAUCCUUCGAGCAGUCCUCCACCGUUUUUCCCCUCGUUGAUGCUACACCCGCGACCAAGCAAAAGUCGACCCAUGGACAGUGCUGGGCGUGUUCAGGCUUGCUCGGCCUGUCAAAGUCACCUGUUACUCCAGUGGAAAACGUAUACACGACAAGGUAUACCGCAUAACGAACGUAAUUACUCAUUGAGGAAACGUCAAGCUCCGACAGUAGACCCAACAACAUUUAUUUGUUAUACGUGUGCAUUGGAGUAUCCCUCGUCCAGUAUUAGACUAUUGUACUGCUGUCCGAAUCCGGAAAAAGAAGCGUACUUUCCGUUUAUUACGACGAUACGACCGCCACCAGGAGCUAGUCCUAUAAGUCCUCAGGGGAUGGUACAAGUUUGUUCCAUCUGUUAUAAAGCUAUACCCCAAAAACAGCAAGUUUUUGGUGGAGAAAAUAAUGAAACUCAACCGAUAAGUGCCCAACCGGGUACUGAUUUUCGUCAACAAGGGCCAUCUCCACGACCUGUUGUCGCAAAAUCGCCAGCAAAUUCAGCUGGUAGCGAUAUUCGAUUUAAACCAUAUGAUUUAAAUAAAACAACAAGUGUAGUGAGUAAUAAACCACGGAGUGCCAAUGUUAAAAUAGCAAGUUCUGCUCAGCGAAAUUCACCGAGCAAUGCACCAGCAGAAAAUGGUAAUGUAACAGUUGGACAAAAUUAUCGGUGCUAUAUUUGUGAACGACUGUAUCCUCGAAACCAAAUGGAGUGGCUAUCAACGAGUCCUGAAGGCAUGAAUUCUCAUGCUAUGCACUUUCCUUGUUUGAGAGGGAUGGCACGUACUUCUGAGAAUUCCUGUAUGGACAGCCAUGGUAGAGUUUUAGCCUGUAGUCACUGUGUCAAUCAUUUAGCACAGCAGUGGGAGUGCAUGGAUGCCGACCGCGUUCCUCUAGAGCAACGAAGAUAUGAUAUUCCUAGUCCACACCCAAAUGGCGAUGUUAAUCGUGCAAUAGCAACACCGCCAAGUUCAAAUUCAGAUCGCACAUUUAUCAGCAAUCCUGGUACAUCGAGCAGCUCGAUUUACUGUUUUUUCUGUGGUCUUCAUAGUGAUUUAACGUUAGCACGUGUACUGUACAGUAGACCGCAAGGUCGUAAUGCACCUUUCUUUCCUGAAUUACUGCGCCAUCAGUCCCCAAAAAAUGCCGAGCAACUGCGUGAAGAUGGCUCGGCCCUCGUUUGUACUUUUUGUUAUCACACAUUAUUGGCGCAGUGGCGAAAAUACGAAUCACAGUCGACUGGCCAGCAGAUAAGUGCAUCUGACAGACAGUACAAUACCCACGAUUACUGGUGUUACGUUUGCGGUAUUACAACAUAUCGCAAGAGAGUGAGAGCAUUGCCUGUCAAGGACUUUCCAUUCCUGAGGUAUCAUCGUCAACCGGAAAAAAGUUUGCUGUUGGAGAACGGUGAUUUUGCUGUUGUAUGCUUGGAUUGCUACGAGACAUUAAGGACACAAAGUCUCGAGUACGAAAGGUGGGGCUUGCCUGUUGAAAAGAGAGAGUAUAAUUGGAUUGUACAACCUCCGCCUCCGGAAGAUAGUCCGGAUGCUGCUAUUGCUAGAUUGCCAUCUGGUGAACGUUCUGAAAAAGCGGUACCACCGUCAUUAACUGUUAAACCGGCACGUAAAAAUUGCUCGCCGAAAGCGCCAGAGAAAAAACCAACCGUAAAGUUACCAGAAAAAGAGCAGUCAGGUCUUCAACCGGCGAGUACAAAAGCGCAGUCGAGUACAAUUGGGAAAUCCCACCGACCAAGUUCCGGCGUAUUACCUCAAGGUCACACCCCAGGACCGGGACCAGGUCCAGGUGGCCAGCAGAACAGCAGGAGUUUCGCUGCUGCUUUGAGAAAUCUUGCCAAGCAGGCAGGACCGGCUCCUCAAGACGAGGAACCGCGGGCCAGUCCGAAGAACCGAGCGCCGCCGCCUCUUGUUCGAGGACCCUCGCCGGCGAAGGAACGGUCGACACACGAACGGCGACCCGAGGAAAUACCCUCAAUGUACACAAAUGCACGACCAGCCGAGAACAGUAAGCACAGUGUUACUGCAGCAGCUUCCGAAUUACUAGCUCGUUCCGGUUUCCAACCCUAUCGGCCUGAGCAUCAUCCGACACAACAACCGCCGGCAUUUACUCUCGAUCCUGCGGCUUAUAGCCCUUAUCAUCAUAGUCUAUACCCACCACCUCAUCUACAACACGCUUAUAGGUUAGAGGAACAAUUGUACUUGGAGCGAGUGGGCAUGCUAAGGCCACCUUUGUUUCCCGCGCUGCCGUCUUACCCUCUCUAUGGACUGCGAUAUAGUCCCGAUAUGUUACCACCGGCCUCACUCGGUCUUAUGUCUCCGGUAAUGCAUGAAAGGUUGAAAUUAGAAGAGGAGCAUAGGCUUAGACAGGCUCGAGAGCAGGCUGCGCUAAGGGAUGAGGAAGAAAGGAGAAGAGCAGCGCGUAAUUCAGCUUCCACGGCACCUGUUCCGUCACCCGCUGCGACUUCUGCGGAUACUGCAGCUAGGAAGCCGACUAUAGCGCCGCAGAUGUAUAACGAGAGGGGAGAACGAGACCGACCGAACUCUCGAAAUAACUCCACCAACAACACCGGGAACGAAAGUGUAAUUUCUAAAUCUUCUCACAACCAAUCACGGAAAGAAGACCAGAGCCCAACUCUAGCAGAACCAUCAAACCUCUCGCCAGUUUACCAUCACCAGCGACUAGCACCGCCUUACACAAACCCUUCAGCCCUGGCGACUGGGAUCAGCACACCCGCGAUAUGCUCCGUCAGUUCCACACCGAUACCUCCAGGCUUGUCAUCACUGAGCCUAGGACCUGCGAUUCCUCCAGUUCCAAUCGGACCAACAAUUCCAGCUCCCUUGAACAUGCCAUUGGCUCCAAUGAUGGGCCUACAUCUGCCGCCUCCACCUCCAAACACAAUUCACUCUAGUCAGCACUCAAAUUCGUUGAUGAGCAGCACUCCAACGACUUGUUCAAGCUACCCAAUACCUCAUCAGCCGGUUCCGAUCCACCAGCCUUCUCAGCCAGGUGUGAUACCUGGUGCGUUGCCGCCUCAGCAUCAACAAUCACCAUCACAAUCCCAACCGCAGCAUCCACUCUCGGUGCAGCAUCACCUGAACAGCGGCUUCACCACAACAACAAAUUCAAUGCUGGCCAGUGGAACUAUGACCACGCAUGCCACUCACACUUUGUCAACUCCUGGAGCUUCACCGUCAAUAAACGUCUCGAACCAUCUGUCACCUCACGUGACCCACUCUUCAAGGUUGAAAGAAGCUUCAACGCCUACUACGACUUCAGCAACAAAUUCUCUUUCAGCGCCAGCAACAACAGCAACAGCAACUACCUCGGCUCCGGCUUACCAGCCGGCAUUUGUUCGUCCUUUUGAAGACUCCUUCAGGUCUUCGUCUGCUACGAAUAAACCUCCCUCGCAGCCGUGGUCUAUCGUAAACAAUCCAAAUAUGACUAGUCAAAUUCAUCAAGAACAGUUGGUUAAUAAAUUACCAACUAACACCGCCACGCAGGGACAGGCACUAGCAGUACCUGUAGCGUCUAUGCCCAUUCCGGGUAAUGUUGCAACUAAUUUUCCUCAAGACAAUACUAUGCCGGUGGAUAAUUCGAAAAGUUCAACGAUUUAUGCUCCACUUCAGCAUCACCCGCAGCAGCAAUAUCAUCAUUCUCAUAUUCCCCCGGAGAAUAGUGGAAGUUUGUACAAACCACAGGGAUUUCCUGUGGGCUCGCAUCAUUCACAGCUGCCUACUCCACAAAGUACGCCCCGAACUACUGCAAUAACAACGACAACGACCUCAAUAAUGUCGACUAAUAUUCAAACUUGUGGUUCUACGUGCUCAACUGUUUCUACCAAUACUAAUGGGACCAGCGAUACAACCUCAAAACCUGGUAAUUUAAAUAUAAAUGGCACCAAAUUGUCAAACAAUUCUAUUGGGCAUUCUGAUGGAAUGAAUGACUCGUUUGGAGUACAGAAGAACGGACACGAUAAAAAGACAACCAAUCUCAAUUAUUACAGUCUCGCGGAAAAUAAUUUAACGGGGAAUGCGAUUAAGCAUGUCAGUUUGAAUGUUAAUAACAGGAAUGUCCCCGAGCAUACCAAGGAGAACAAAGUCCAGGUUCAUGUCACGGUGAGUAACGACAUUUCUAAUGCAUUGCACCCCAAGCUGAUACCAAAUCGAGUGAACAAUGUCAAUCCUGAUAUUGUUAAGUCUCAAUAUUCUACGGUGGGUAAUGAAACUGCUAAAGAGCGCAUGAGUCCGGUUUUUAUUAAGUCUGCGGAAUCUAUUGGAGACAAAAAUGGGAAUAAGUAUAAUAAUGAAAAUUUAACAGGAAAAACCCCUUUGGAAAUUCCUACUGUCUUAUCUCCAAGUAUCCAAGCGAUAUCUUAUCCUACUCCAUUAAAGUAUCCUAAUGAGAUUGUUAAUUCUAAAGAUAACUUCAACUCCGGGAAUUUUAUGCAGAGCAUCAAGUCGAAGGAGGUGUUACGGACCUGUCAAAAUGUAUCGAAUGUCUUGCUGCAAAUUCCUAAGUAUCAAGAGAUGUUGAUUAAUUAUUCGACUGAAUUAAAAGGAACUUAUUGCUACACGGAUAAGUGCAAUAAUUUGGCUGAGAUCACAGUAAAGUGCGAACCUCCUGUUAUUAAUGUUCCUGAUCCGGCUAAAGUUUUAGGAAAGGUUGAAGAUAGCGUUGCUGGUGAAGAAGCUUUGACUCCGGUGGUUGGAAUACCUAAAGAAGUCACGUCAACGCUGGAUCUUGCUGAGAAAAGGCGGAAGCGCAAGCGGGAACAAAGUUCGGGUAUUUCUUACAGCUCCGAGUCCGAGAGCGAAGAUGACAUGGUAAAGGAUGUUGAUUUAUGGAUUACUAAAGGUCCGCCGGCUAAAAUGUGUUACUCGGAAAAGAAAUUGUCUUUUUUGGCGAUAUUUGGUCUUACAACUCUUAGUAUGAGAAAUGAAAUUGAAUUGCAUAAAUUAGAAAAGCGGUAUCGGCUGAAUCCAGAACCUCCUGAAAUACCUGUUGAUACCAACGAGACGACUUGCAAAGUUGAAUCACUUUUGCCCAUACCUAAAGAGCAUCCAGAUGUUUUAAUAAAUUCAUCAGAUUUUAUGCCUAAAGUUGGAUUUCUCAAGACUAUUGGGUUAGAUGUUAUGCCACCGAGUAAAAGAGACGAAGCUGAAGUAAUAUGGCAAUACGUUUUGCGUGAUCGUAAAAAACGUAAAAGUACCAAUUGUGUGACAGUAUACUGUGAUCGAAUUGCUCAAGAGUACGAAAAAAAUCCUCCGAAAGCGCCUCAGAAAAUGCGACUGUUAGACAGAGUAAAAGUGAAACCACCUAGUGGUCGAGCACCUUUGCUGCCGCCUCUACCAGGUUUAUUUUCUGCUUACUACCCCGCAGUGCCUGUACCGAUUGAAAAUGGCGUGAACCAGCUGUACCAAUUUCCAAUCAAACAGCGAACGUGGGCCGAGGAAGAGAACGAGGAGAGCGAGGAGACCAAAAAACCUAUUUGGACCAACAUCGAAGAUAUUAUGACCGCUUAUUAUCAGUAUUCGAAAGAUAAAUCAACGGAGCGUAAAAUAUUGACGGAAGAAAUGUCGAAAUUGAUAGCGCGUGGAAACAUGCUGUGUGUAGAACAAAAACAGCUGGAGCAAGCGCGAGACGAAUUAUUGGCCACUAAAUCUUCGUUGGAGUUCGAGCGACGGAGUAUCAGUGAUCAGAUUAAAAGGAUAAAAACGCUUGUAAAGCGUCUUAGAUAACGAUGCGUAACGCACAACACGGAAACUCAUUCAUCUGUGAUAUUAUCGGCGGGUUAAGGGUCGUCGCAGUGCGGAGUAUCCACCGAAAUAGUAAAAAUAAUAAUAAUAUUAACAAUAAUAAA